GGAGCUCCGGGAAUUCCCCGGGCCCUGGGGCUCCCACUUUUCCCUCCCCGGACGGGCAUAAAAGGGGUUCUCCGAUCUCAGCGAGCCACAGAGCCCAGACGGCCACACCAGCCACAGCGCCUGGCUCCAGAUCCCGCCGCCACCGCCAGCUGCCGCCGAGUCCCAUGGCCCCCGCCGCGCUCCCCGCCGCGCCCCGCGCUCCCCGGCUCCUGCGGACCGCGCUGCUGCUGCUGCUGCUGGUGGUGGCCGCCAGCCGGCGCGCAGCAGGGGCGCCCGCGCUCACCGAGCUGCGCUGCCAGUGUCUGCAGACCGCGCAGGGCAUUCACCUCAAGAGCAUCCAGAGCGUGAAAGUGAUGUCGCCGGGCCCGCACUGUGCCCAGACCGAAGUCAUAGCCACGCUCAAGUCCGGGCAGGAAGCUUGUCUCAACCCCGCCGCCCCCAUGGUGAAGAAACUCCUGCAGAAGAUGCUUAGCAAUGGCAACUCCAGCUGACCUGGGAAAGGAGGAAGAAACUCAGCAGGGGCUGUUCCUGAAACAGAGCCCACCUCUGUAGGAAAAGAAGAGAAAAGAGAGAAAAUAGCUCCUGAACCACAUGGACUGGGCUUCAUGUCUCUCAGCAUCUCUUCUAAGAGUUCUUUUAUUUAUUUGUUUGUUUUCCAAAGCCUAUGCUCAUAUUUUACUUAUAGAAGAAUUAGUGGUGUGAUUAACUCUAUUUGCAGGUACCAUUAUAUUUAUUGCUUGUUUUACAUCAAACCCAAGUUCAUUCAAUCCUGGUUCUUAUUUAUUUGAAGGAAAGAGGGUUUGAAAUGUUCACCCAUCAUUAUAUGAAUAUUUUUGUGUUCAACACAUGCCAGUCACUGUAAUAGAGGCUGGGAGAUUCCAGCAAAUAAAUAAUGAGAUCAUUGUCAGCAUAGGGGCAUAUAAGUGCACAGCUGUUUUUGUUAGUGUUUAAAAGAAUGUCAGCUAUUACUUAAAUGGGUUCACAGUAUGUAGCAACACCUGUCCUGUUGAAGCCUAGGGAACGGCGAUGUUCUUAAUAACCUUUGGACAUUUUAUGUCUUCUUUGUAAGGCACAAUGCCUUGUCUAAGUGUUAACUAUGCAAUGUGUCUCUGUCUUUGAACAGAGAGGUUGCAUUAUUUAUUGAUGUUUUUACAAAGAGCAUUACAAU